GACAUCCCAAAACCAACUUCUAAAACAGAUUCAAGAAAACGUUUUACGAUUAGAUAAGACACUAAUUGAAGCAAAAACACAGAGAGCUAAACUUAAUUAGGAAAAGAAAAAUGUCCAUCUUCAUGAUCUUCUUCCUCCUUCUCUCUACUUCUUUAUCCGUCUCCGGCCAAAAAAAGCCAAGUGUUUACCAGGUUCUCGAAAACUACACCUUACCACGAGGAAUCUUACCAGAAGGUGUGCACGACUACGAGCUAAACCGAAGAACUGGCGUUUUCAAAGUCCGUUUCAACACCACGUGUUCGUUCUCCAUCGAGUCGUACAAGGUCAAAUACAAACCCACAAUCUCCGGCAUCAUAACAAGAGGACGGGUCAUAAGGUUGAUAGGCGUAAGCGUCAAAGUGCUUUUCUUUUGGAUCAACAUCUCCGAGGUGUCUCGUGACGGCGACGAUGUCGAGUUCUUCGUUGGUGCUGCCUCGGAGGAGUUCUCGACCAAGUAUUUCGUGGACAGCCCAAAGUGUGGUUGUGGGUUUAAUUGUUAUAGGCCUAUCUCUUCCUUUUAAAGCCCAUGGGCCUUAAAUUAAACCUGUUAUGAAUAAAUAAAAUAAACACGGCCUUGAAGCUGUUAUGAAUGAAUAAAUAAAUAAUUUAGGCCCAAAUUAGACCAUGUUAAGAAUUUUUUGUUAACUAAAUGACAAAAAGACACGUGUCCAGUUGUUCGGUGAAAACGAUGUCGUGUUUAUGGUCGCUUGAUCUGAUCAGAUGGGCCAGCUAGAAAAGUCUCUCACGUCUGUCCCAGAGAUUUCUUUUUAUUUUCUCGCCGAGAAAGUGACGGAAAACGAAAUCCAAACUGGAUAAAUCUAAAACCUAAAACCUAAAGUAGUGAUUUUGCUACAUUGGAUGAAAAGAGACAUGACUCUGCUUCCGAUUUCAAUCUUCUUCUUCUUCUUCUUCUUCUUCUUAUUAUUUUGCGUUCCUUUGUCAUUAAUCGCCGCCGCCGCUGCAGAUGACGAUAAACCGACGGCGUACACUCUCCUCCAAAGCUUCAACUUUCCCGUCGGGAUUCUUCCUAAAGGAGUCGUAUCAUAUGAUCUAGAUCCAUCCACUGGUAAAUUCCACGCCUAUUUCAACAAAUCGUGUAGUUUCGCUCUUCAAGGUUCUUACCAAUUGGAUUACAAAUCGACAAUCUCUGGUUACAUAUCGGAGAACAAGAUCACGAAACUUACCGGCGUGAAGGUGAAAGUUCUCUUCUUGUGGCUCAACAUCGUUGAAGUUAUUAGGAACGAAGACGAACUCGAGUUCUCCGUCGGGAUCACAUCGGCGAACUUCGAGAUCGAUGAGUUUUACGAGUCGCCACAGUGUGGUUGCGGAUUUGAUUGCAAAACGAAGACGAAGACUUUGGGAAGAAACCCUUUUGUUUCUUCGGUUUAAAGGUUAAGACUUUUUAUUGCAGAAUCUGAACUCUUUGGAUGCUCUAUGUUCUUUCUCCAAUCAUUAAUUUUUUUUUCUGAGUUCUUGUUUCGAUCAAUGCUCUUUGUUUGUAUCUCUUCGUAGGAUUGAACCGAUGAAUUGUAUUUAUGAACCGACCAGGAAUAAAACGGUGGUGGGAAAAGUUGUUUCUUA